UUUAUUUUAAACCACAUAACUAGAAUAAACUAAGUGUUAAUUAAAGUUUAAAAAAUUUGUAAUUUCCAUUUUUAAACAUUUCCAAACAUGGCGAAUAAUAUGGAUGAUGAAGAUAAAAAGAAAAAAACCGACACUCAGGAGUUAAAAAAUGUGAAGUUUCUCCCAUUCUCUAGCUGUAUGGAUCCGGGUUUCUGGAACAAACUUUGCCAACAGAAACUUAAUGAAUAUCGAUUGAGUGAGGAUGCCAUCCCCAUCAAAGGAUACUACUGUAACUAUUUAGCAGAAAACUUACCAUCUUUCCUCAACAUUGACCACAGUGCGUGGGACAUAGACGACGAUGUUGGUACCAAACAUUAUAAAGUCCUUGGCAGUCUAAAAAUCUUAAACACCAUUGAAGACUUUAAAAAUUUCAAUUACACCAAACAUCUAGAAGAUGAAGGAAGAAUGAUAUGGUCAGAGGUAAUGACAAAAGGUCCAUUUAAAGACCCAUCUUUGUUAAAUAGAUUUUCAUUGGUUACAUUCCCCAAUUUGAAAAAGUUCACUUUUCACUACUGGUGCUUAUUCCCGUCCCUCUGUCCUAAUAAAAAAUUUACCAUCGAAGGCCAUCCUGUCAAUGUCAAUGAUUGUUUCAGCUUGGACAAGAUGCAGAAGUUUGUGGAAAAUUAUGACAAGUUUAAGAAUGAACUUCUACAGCAUCAGCAGUCUAAAAAUUCGUGUUGUGCUUUCCUAAUAGACGAGAAUGACAUGAACGUUCAUCCAUUUAGUUACAUUCAGUCACUGAAUGAGGAAGAAAAGAAAGAUCAUAAAAUUAUGUUAGGAUUUGCCGAUCCAUCGACUGCGAAUUCAAAACCAGGCUGGUCGCUAAGAAAUCUCCUUGUACUGCUGUCCACUCAUUGUUAUGAUUUACUGAAUGGUAAGGUCAGAGUUCUCUGUCUUCGAGAUAGGACGAGCAAUGGUGUUAGGCACAUUAGUCAUAGUAUUGUCCUUAAUGUCUGUCUUGUUCGUAUUGAUCCACAAUCUGACUGUCCAAAUGUGAUUGGCUGGGAGAGAAACAGCAAGGAACAAUUAGGACCUAGGUUUUUAGAUCUCAGCUCUGGCAUGGACCCUUACAAUUUAUCAGAAUCAGCUGUUGACUUGAACUUGAAGUUGAUGAAGUGGCGUCUGGUCCCUGACCUCGACCUUGAAGUUAUUUCAAAUUCACGAUGCUUGUUACUGGGUUCUGGCACGCUGGGCUGUAACGUUGCGAGAUGCUUAUUGGGCUGGGGUGUUAGGAACAUAACAUUCGUCGACAACGCUCGAGUUUCGUACAGCAACCCAGUCAGGCAGUCUCUUUUUAAUUUCAGUGAUUGUCUAGAUGGCGGGAAGCCUAAGGUUGCAUGCGCUGCAGCUUCUAUCAAACAAAUAUUCCCUUUGGCGAAUGCGGUCGGCAUCAAUCUAUUUAUUCCUAUGCCUGGUCACCCCAUUCCAGGUAUCAACAUCUCACAACUGCACGAUAGCACGUGCCAAGACAUAACACACCUCAUCGAACUCAUCCGCGCUCAUGACGUCAUCUUCUUACUGAUGGACACCAGGGAAAGUCGCUGGCUACCUACACUGCUCGGAAGAUCGAUGGAAAAGAUUGUCUUGAAUGUGGCCCUCGGAUUCGACAGCUACCUAAUCAUGAGGCACGGGGUAGGCUUCUCAGAGGUCACCAAGUCGGAUGGGGUGGAGGGUGCUUGGAAGGUUGUGCCUGGCUCGCAGCUGGGAUGCUACUUCUGUAAUGAUAUCUUCUCCCCUGGAAAUUCGCACCUAGACAGAUCAUUGGAUCAGCAGUGCACAGUAACGAGGCUGGGUGUGCCUUAUGUGGCUGCCUCCCUGGCUGUCGAGUUGCUUGUGUCGCUACUUAAUCAUCCACUUAAAGGUCAGGCUAGCGCCGAAAUUGUAAAUGAAUCGGUCGAUGGCCUACCUGACUCCAAGGAGGUUUCCAUUCUGGGAGCCAUACCUCAUCAGAUAAGAGGUUUUUUGUCGAAUUUUUGCAACAUUAUGCCAGUCUGCAGAUCAUUUAACAUGUGCACGGCCUGCUCACAACCUGUUCUGGAAGCGUACAAACGAGACGGUAUCGAGUUUCUCGUCAAAUCCAUCAAUGAGCCAUCUUCAUUGGAGGAAUUGACCGGCCUGACUAAACUCCACACAGAUACUAAGGAUAUUAAGAUAGAAGAAUUGAGUGAUAAUGAAGUCUCUGACUAACGAACUAGUGACUUGUGACUUGUGUCUUGCUCCUGAGUUUUAUACUAAAAUUUCUCAAAGUGAUGCAUGUACAUACACACUACUACACGUACACACACAAUACUGUCCAUUUUUUAGUCUCAUGUUUUUUUAUAACUAAAUAUAAAUUUUCAAAAACUGA